AAAUUCCUAAAAAAUAAUAGCAUGGAAGGUCUUAGACCGAUUCGAGUUGCAAAGGAAGAUGGGGAGGAGGAAGGCCAACCCUUGAGUCCAAUGGCUCGAGUGUUUCACGAGCCUAACUCCAAUAUCUACAUCAUUAUAAUCAUGGGAUUUAAGACUCCUAUCAAUCUGGAUGUUCUUAAAAUUAACUUGGCUCAGACUUUCCUCAAGCAUCCUCGUUUCCCUAGUUUACAGGUCGUGGACGAGGAAAAUGGUGGGGAGAUGAGAUGGGUUAGAACAGAAUUAAACAUAGAUAACCAUGUAAUAGUCCCAAAGCUUGAUCCAAACAUGGACUGUCCUGAUAAGUUUGUGGAAGAUUACGCCUCUAAUCUCAGCAAUACCACAAUUAGCAGGUCUAUGCCUAUGUGGGAUGUUCAUAUUCUCAACGUUAAAACUUCAGAAGCUGAAUCCACAAGCAUUCUUCGCGUUUGUUUCGAAAGGGUGAGGAAAGGGUAA